AUGAUUUGCAUUGGAGCAUCUCAGCUUCGCAUGGCCGCGCACCACACAGAGGAGGCUGUCAAGCCAGAUACUCCUGUGGAGACCAUCUCGGUUGUGAUCACUGCACACAAUGAGCAUCAGUACCUCAAGCGAACAAUAGACUCUAUCCUACAGACCACACCGCCCGAGAUUCUGUUAGAGAUCAUUGUGAUUGAUGAUGGUAGCCAACCUCCUUUGGAGCCGGGCUUCGAGCAAGUGCAUUUGCUUCGCCAUGAAGAACGGCGCGGGCUUACAAAGUCCAAAAUGGAAGGCGGCAACAUGGCACGCGGUGACAUGAUAAUGUUCUUGGAUGCUCAUGUAAAGCCCCACAAUGGCUGGUACAAAGCUCUUCUGAGGCACGUGAAUAUCAACUACAAACGAGUGGUCGUGCCUUUGAUCCCGAUCUUGGAUGGUGACACAUGGAAGACCAACAACAUGGCGGUCGGCGUUAAGAUGAUGUUUGAUUGGAAACUCCAUUUCACCUGGCUGGACGAUGGAACCGACUUGGUGCCUUGCAUGAGUGGAGGCCUCUUCGGAAUUACGAAGCGUUGGUGGCAUGAGUCUGGCGAGUACGACUAUGGGAUGAAUAUGUGGGGCGCGGAAAACAUUGAGCAGUCGAUUCGCAUCUGGCUUUGUGGUGGUGAGAUCUUUGUCGCAAGAGACUCGCGUAUAGCCCAUGUCUUUCGAAGUGAAUUUCCCUAUGCCAUCAACAAGACUGAGGUCAUAGUCAACAAGGUGAGAGCAGUGGAGGCCUGGUUCGAUCAAUACAAGGCAUAUUUUUAUCAUGCUGAGCCUGCAGCGAAACAGUUCCUGCCUGCAAUGGGCAACAUCGAUGACCGCCUAGCUCUAAAGGAAAGGCUUCAAUGUAAGCCCUUUAGCUGGUACGUGGACAAGUUCCACAAGGUCUUCGAGAGAAAGGGCAUGGUGCCCCGACAGAGCUUUCAGAUCCGCGACGAGCACACAGGUUUUUGCCUGGAGACAACGUCGAACGGGGAUGGGUUGCAAGAGGUUCAGUGCAACAUCGAUGAUGUGUCGCAAAGGUUUUCUCACAGCGGCAUGACGCUGAAGAGCUUGCAAUCUGAUUUGUGCUUGGAUGCGGAUUCAGAACAUAAGAAGAAGGUCGGAAUUGCGGCAAAGCUAGCCCCUUGCUUGAAGAGGAGCUCCAUGCAGUCUUGGAAGUUUGUGAAGGGCUACAUUCGCUUCGGACGCAUUUGCUUGGAAAGCAAGGCAGAAGGCCCACUGCUGCUUAAAGCGUGUGGACACCUGAAGAAAGGUGACGGGCCAUUCAGGCUCAUCAACCACCAGGUACUACCACCAGAGACGACCCAAGGCACUGAAUGGUGA